GUGCGUACAAGACGUUCCUCAUGUUGCUAACUCCAAUUGGUAACAUGUAUAUUUGAUUUUCUGAUGAUAUAGUCCUGAUCCGGCAAUGAAAGAAUUAGCGACGAAGCUCUUGCCGGACUACACUGUGAAGGAAGAAGCAGAAGAACGGACGUAUUACAAGAAGUUCGGCAUCAAACGCAAGCAGUCCGAUACUCCGAGCGAUACUCAGCCCAGUCCUCCAAAGAUCCAUCGCUCCCUCGGCCCGUCUCCUGGCAACAUGAUCCGGUUUGAGCUUUAUCCUCAGCGCGGUCCCGACGUCCCUCUUUUCCUUUCGCUGGACAAGCUGGACGCUCCUUACAUGUACACUCAAUCUCUUCUCAAGAUAAUGUAUCUCCGAAAGUACCUGGCCAAGAAGCUGAAGGUAGCGAAACCCGAGGAAAUUGAGAUUCUAUGCAAGGGCACCGUGGUGGGUCCAGAGUACUCGCUCGAGUUCAUCCGACGCACGCGCUGGAAAGAGAGCUCCAAGAUGGUCCUGGAGUACCGACGCCAGUUAAUUGCCUCGUAGAUCGCAGUCGCUUUCUUCGUUCUUCUUUGAAACUUCAGCAUUUCAAGUGAGAGAAAAGCGCACCGCCAGAGGUGCAGAACUAAACCAAGCCACUUGUACCCAAGUAGCAAAUAAUAGGGUGUCUGUCUUACUACAAGUACAGUCUUCACACUUUCACGUACUUCAAUCUGAAACCGAGUCGAAGCAAUCAAGAAUAUUGAAAACGUCGAGAAUGUGACUUUCGUGUUGAGUGGGGGCUGGAGCUUGAGCGAGGACAGAAUUAAUUUUCCUACUGAACAUUCGCCA